AUGACUGGUCGACCCCUCUAUCUCAACCACUACCCAGUCCACAACCAGUGGCAAGUCCCCACCCAGGAAAGAGGGUUGCCUUAUCUCCUACCAUGGAAUCCUUCUCUGCCAAUUAACCUAUCCCUGUCCGAGGACGAGAGAAGCCCCAAUCGCUCCAGUGCCGAGCUGCAUAGUCCCAACUCGGGCAAGGGUUAUACCACAUCGGGGGCGAAUCGAGAAAACAGUCCUGCGGACGAGGGCGCCGAUCCCUUGUACGAAUACUUCCCACUGACUGUGGAUGAUUGGAUGCCGCCUGUGGAUGCUGUGUAUCGGCCACACGUGGUUCAUCACACGAUCAUGCCACCUGAGAUGAAGGCACAACAGCUCAAGAGCAAGGCCAAACGGUACUUUGCGUCAGACUGA